CGGUGGGGAGGAGAAAAGCCAAAGUCUGUCUCGCGCAAGCGAGGCGAGGAGGAAUCCCACAAUACCAGGCGGGUUGGGGAGCUUGUGGCGCUCCCGCUGUCUCUUUAAUGCAAGAGGAAGCGAUGAGGAGGGGUGGAAAAUGGCAGAGCUGCAGAUGUUACUAGAAGAGGAAAUCCCUUCUGGCAAGCGGGCUUUGCUCGAGAGCUACCAGAACCUCACCAGGGUCGCCGACUACUGCGAGAACAACUACAUCCAGGCUCCAGACAAAAGGAAAGCAUUAGAAGAGACCAAAGCAUACACCACUCAAUCUUUAGCCAGCGUUGCUUAUCAGAUCAAUGCACUCGCCAACAAUGUGCUCCAACUACUGGACAUCCAAGCGUCGCAGCUCCGAAGAAUGGAGUCCUCAAUCAAUCAUAUUUCGCAGACGGUGGACAUACACAAAGAGAAAGUGGCCCGUAGAGAGAUUGGCAUUUUGACAACCAAUAAGAACACGUCCAGAACUCAUAAAAUCAUUGCGCCAGGAAACAUGGAGCGUCCUGUAAGAUAUAUUCGAAAACCUAUAGACUACACUGUGUUGGAUGAUGUGGGCCACGGCGUAAAGUGGCUAAAAGCCAAGCAUGGAAACAAUCAGCCCUCAAGAACCGGCACGUUGUCAAGAACAAAUCCUCCUACACAAAAGCCACCAAGUCCUCCUAUGUCAGGCCGGGGAACUCUGGGACGGAACACUCCUUACAAGACGUUGGAACCAGUUAAGCCGCCAACGGUCCCGAAUGAUUAUAUGACAAGUCCUGCAAGACUUGGAAGCCAGCACAGCCCAGGAAGAACAGCAUCGCUGAACCAGAGGCCCAGAACACACAGUGGCAGCAGCGGAGGAAGUGGCAGUCGAGAAAACAGCGGAAGCAGCAGUAUUGGCAUUCCCAUCGCCGUGCCUACACCUUCCCCACCAACCAUUGGGCAAGCACAAAUAUUUCUUCCUCCUCCUCCUGAAGCACCUCCAGCACCGCCAGUGCCCCCGCCUCUCAUGACUGGCAAUGUGAUAGCUGCUCCUGGGUCAGCUCCUGGUUCCCAGUAUGGCACAAUGACCCGGCAGAUUUCCCGGCACAACUCUACCACUUCCUCGGCCUCUUCUGGUGGAUUUAGGCGGAACCCUUCUGUGACUGCAUCAUUUUCUGCUCAACCUCAUGUUAACGGCGGGCCUCUCUAUUCUCAAAAUUCAAUUUCUAUUGCUCCACCCCCUCCCCCUAUGCCUCAGUUGACUCCACAGAUACCUCUCACAGGCUUCGUGGCCAGGGUUCAGGAAAACAUUGCCGAUAGCCCAACUCCGCCGCCGCCACCACCGCCAGAUGAGAUGCCUAUGUUUGAUGACUCGCCGCCGCCACCCCCUCCACCCCCUGUGGAUUAUGAAGACGAGGAGGCUGCGGUAGUGCAGUAUAACGAUCCGUACGCGGAUGGCGAUCCCGCUUGGGCACCUAAAAGCUAUAUUGAGAAAGUUGUUGCCAUAUACGACUACACAAAGGACAAGGAUGAUGAGCUGUCGUUCAUGGAGGGUGCAAUCAUUUACGUUAUAAAGAAGAACGAUGACGGCUGGUAUGAAGGAGUUUGCAACCGAGUGACUGGCUUGUUUCCUGGAAACUAUGUGGAAUCAAUCAUGCACUAUGCGGAUUAAAGUUCUCACUUCAGGUUGGGUCUUGUAUUCAAUCAUGCCAUAAUUCUUUACAAAAGGGUAACUAAAAGGUUAACAGUUGUCUUAACGCUCUCUUUAAAAAAAAAGUGUGCCCAUCGUUUCAGGCCAUACUGUUUAAAUGGUAUGAUUGAAUGUUCAUCUGUAAGCAUUCGUCUCUGCAGUUUGUAAAAACAAGCAAUUGUUUAUUACUGAUUAUGCUUAUUUACUUAUGCAUUGUUGAUUUCUAUGACCAGCCUAAAUAUUCUGGGGAAGUAGGGUGUAUAAUAUUUAAUGACUCAUGAUUCAAAUUGUGCCAUUUUUUUUCCAGUGCAGCAUGGUAAACUAACAACGUUAGACUAACAUUAAAAAUCUGGUUGCAAAGUUUGAUAGUGCUGGUCAUCUACCUUUGUUUUAGACUUUUGCUCAUUCUCAACCUAUAGUAUUUGUUUAAAAGCAUGCAUACAAACUUAUGUAUUGAAUUAUACUUUUUUUCAAAAAUCCAAGAUGCUUCCAAUUUGUUGUAAUCUUUUACCUGGAGUACUUCUACCGAAAGUCUAUUCCAGAGAGUCAUUGAGUCUCGAAGGUGUCCAUGUGAAUCAAAGAUGGGUGGUCCUAUGAUGUACUUGUAAUUUGUACCUAAGUUUUUUUAAUGAGUAAAUUUGCAUUGACUUUUCCAUUCAUAAAUACAUAAGUGAACCAAAGGUCUGGUCCAUUACUCUGUUGACUUACCUUGGCAAAGCAAUAUUAAUGCUGAUCUUCCCCCACCAGCUGGGUCACUGACUUUGAACGCAAGUCAAGGUCUUGGCAUGGCAUCCAAUGACCAGGAAAACCAAAUUCAUGCACGUUCACCAUGACUAUAAUUACACACAGCUAUUUUACAGCAUUUGUCAUUACAGGAACUGGCUCAACGUUGCUACCUUCAACUUAUUGGCUAGUCACCAUUUUAAACUGCAGAAGAGAAUUGGUAGAGAAGGAGAAACUUAUAGGGUAGGCACAUUUUAUAGAGGGGAGCAGUUCUAGCCAGGGGCAGUUGUCCUUGGAUCUUUAGCAGACUUGGUUUGGGGAAUUUGUUGCCCCUUUCUUAAGAUGUGGUUAGAGCUGAACAAGCAAGUUGUCAGGGUGGUUCUUCUUUUACCACCUGCUGAGUGACCUGGGCAUGUUAGCAGAAGCAACAGAUCCAUCCCCCUCCCAAGAGUUAGUUGUGGAUCCUUCCAGUCCCUGCAGAUAGCCUCUUGCUCAGAUAGCUGUUCAUCCCUGAAGACCUAUGGCACAAGUGUUUGCCAGUCAAACGUGGUGCACCAUGAAAUAACGUUAACGGCCUUUGUCACAGAAUGGUGUACUUUUAGAAAACAAACCUUUAAGAUUAGGGGUGCACAUUCAACAGCUUCUGGAAUGUGAGAGGACAAUCCCCAACGCCUGUUUAGCGAGUCACUUAAAUGCCUUGUCUGCUCUACAGUUUUUGUGUCCUGCUGAAAGUUUUAAAAACUGCCUGUUUGAAAAAGGCUUGCUACUGAUUUGUCCACAGCACUGUAUUUCAAAAGUUCUUACAGAGCCAGUCAUGAAUACAGACUCUGGGCAGCCUAAUGGGAGACCAGUCUUGCAUGAAUAAUAAUGCUGGAUCCCUCCCCUCCUAUGGGAAGGGCCCACCCCUACAGGGAUACAUACUAUACAAUCUAUUUUUCUCCUAUUCUUAAAAAAACAACACAUGCACUUUGACACAUCCCCUCGCAAGCACAAGGUCAGGUGACAUGCCUGGUCUCAGCUUAUACAAAACUUGUAUUACAUAGAGAUUGUCUAAGGCAGAACAGUUUAGGAAGGGAUUACUGUGUGUAGUUAAGUUUUAUUUUGGAACUUAAGCACUGGCCUUCUGGGUUUUAAACACUUACACGGUGAAAAGAAAUCAGGUACAUUGGACAUGUGAUUGGUUAGUUACCACUCAUUUUCUAGUGUGACGUUAAAUACUGAAACAUUCCCUUGCCUUCUUACCUUAAAUGAACCUAAUUUUAUUAAAUGCUCUCUUGCUUUUUCCUAUUUGUUCAUUUGUAAUUUCUGAAAUCAUUAGUGACUAGUAAAACUUAUCUGUAUUUCAUUUAUAAAUUGGAACGGCUUCUUUUAAUUUGUAUAUAACCUGUUUAAUUACAAAAUUUAUGUACAGUCUUUUAUAAUAAACCAUUCUCCUUUAA